GGUAAACAGACGGGGGAAGCCCACACAGAUCAGAGUCACUCCGCACAUCCAUGAGUGCCCACUCCAACGUCGCUAAAUAUCAGCGACGGGAGAGUGACCGACGUCUUUUUUGGGUCUGAAUCUCGAACUCAGCAGUCCCAUCUCUCCGUCGAGAAGGAGGCCGCUCUCUGCCCGGAGCUAUCGCAAGUCCCCAUAUCUUGAAGGGAAUGGAAUCAGAUCAUGUCUCGUCUGUGACUCAGCUGCAUCUACCUAGUGGCGUUGGGCUUCGAGACGAUCUGGCGCCACUCGAUAUCCCGCUGGUCAAACAUCUUCCCGGAGUCGGAGCUCAUUUGAUCAUGUUAGCGUCCCGGUCAUUUACCGGGUUCCCAUCACUGACAGCAUUGAUCUUCUCAUCGAACGCCCGUUGGCUGCAAUCCCACAACUGUUCAAAUACGUGUUCACCGGCCGGGGGAUUCUCGGAAACCAGUCCAUCUGGCGCGCGACCGUCCGGCUCUCCCAGAUCUGCGGGGACAUUCUCAAUCAUGUUGACUGCGGUGCGACCCCAAUCAACUAGUUCUGUCAAGCUCGCUUCGGCGGACCCAGAGUCCAGCCUAUCUGCGAUCUCGGAAUGUUGAUGGAUGCUUCCGACAGAGUUCCGCUUCGCAGGGCGCUCAGGUCAGCGCUUGAGCUUGGUCGUACUGUGACGAAGAGCGGAUACUCUCUUUCCGAAUACGAUGCUGAUCUUGACGCAUUUAUCGUAGCCAAUCGUUCACAACUUACCACUACUCGUCGUACUGUCAAUCCACACAGUGCUGCGGAAAGGAGCGUUGUCCCAUCUUUGUGCGGACGGCUUUGGCCUGAAAACCCUAAGCGGACGUUCUACAAGCAUCAGACCCAGAAAGGGAUAUGCCAUUCGCUUACCGCGCCUCGAUAACAGACGACGAACUCCAUAUUGGACUCUGGGCUCCGGACGCACCUGAUGCCCAGUCGAUCUUUCGUCCGCGAAGCCGGCUUACGCUCGGUCCCUCACGAUGAUGUGCAGUGUGAAACUCGCAUCAGGUCAUCUCGCAAUUCUAUCAUUCCAUCUGCAUCUAGGGACGAUGGAUGGGUGUCCCUCGGGAGUCAUUGACAGCCUUUUGAAUGAUUCUGGCAGGCCGCGAUGAUGCUGCGUGUCGUCGAUCGUUGCUGUUUUCCCCGGGUCAACUGAGAUCUCUCAUGUACUCCUCAUCCACUGACUAAGGCUCUGAGCGACGAUGCUAUUUUGGGCCGCCUAUGGAUACAUAAAGCUUAAAGUCUGACGGAAGCUCGACAUCUUGUCCGAACAUCUCCUUAGAUAAUCUGGCAUGGAUUCAGGCUCACUCCCACCAUCAAUCACCGAGCCCAUAAUCGCGGCCUACGCACAGGGCAUUCGGCCAGCGUUUGCCUUUAUUCUGAUACCUACCAUUUUCUCAGCCAUGCUCGUGCCCCUUUUCAUCAUGCUCUUGACGCUUUCGACUCCCCAGCUCCGCCGCGGACCCAUCUUCAUUCUCAACACCGCUGCCAUCUGCUUCGGCUUGAUUCUCGGUGC